AUGCCGUUACCUUUUGGGCUCAAAUUGAAACGAACUCGACGUUACACAGUGUCCAGCAAGAGCUGCUUGGUGGCCCGCAUCCAGCUGCUCAACAAUGAAUUUGUGGAGUUCACUCUUUCUGUGGAGAGCACUGGCCAGGAAAGUCUGGAGGCUGUGGCUCAGAGACUCGAACUGCGGGAGAUUACUUAUUUCAGUCUGUGGUAUUACAAUAAGCAGAACCAGCGCCGGUGGGUAGAUUUGGACAAGCCUCUAAAAAAGCAACUGGACAAAUAUGCUUUGGAGCCGACGGUAUAUUUUGGAGUGGUGUUUUAUGUGCCUACUGUUUCUCAGCUUCAGCAGGAGAUUACCAGAUACCAGUAUUAUUUGCAAUUGAAGAAAGAUAUCUUGGAGGGAAACAUUCCUUGCACAUUAGAGCAAGCAAUUCAUCUGGCUGGCUUAGCUGUUCAAGCUGACUUUGGAGACUACGAUCAGUAUGAAUCUCAGGAAUUUCUACAAAGAUUUGCCUUGUUUCCUGUGGAUUGGUUACAAGAGGAAAAAGUCCUGGAGGAAGCAACACAGAAAGUGGCCCUGCUGCAUCAAAAGUACAGAGGCCUUACACCUCCUGAUGCAGAAAUGUUAUAUAUGCAAGAGGUAGAGAGAAUGGAAGGCUAUGGUGAAGAGAGCUACCCUGCAAAGGACAGCCAGGGAAGUGACCUAUUUAUUGGGGCAUGUCUUGAUGGUAUUUUUGUGAAACACAAAAAUGGCCGGCCUCCUGUUAUAUUUCGAUGGCAUGACAUUGCCAAUAUGUCCCACAACAAGUCCUUUUUUGCAUUAGAACUGGCAAAUAAAGAAGAGACAAUCCAGUUCCAAACUGAGGACAUGGAAACCGCAAAAUAUGUGUGGAGGAUGUGUGUAGCCAGACACAAAUUUUACAGACUAAAUAAAUGUAGCCUACAAACCCAGGCUGUUACAGUGAAUCCAGUUAGAAGGAGGUCCUCUUCCAGGAUGUCUCUGCCCAAGCCACAGCCUUACAUGAUGCAACCACCACCUCCUCUACAUUACAAUGGACACUACACGGAACCAUAUACAUCGUCCCAAGAUAACCUUUUUGUGAACAAGCAGAAUGGAUACUACUACCACUCUCAGACUAGCUUGGAUAGAGCUCCACAUGACUACAAUGGCAGAAUUCGCAAUGGGAGUGUCUAUAGUGCACACAGCACAAACUCUUUGAAUAACCCACAGCACUACUUGCAGCCAUCUCCCAUGUCCUCUAACCCAAGCAUUACUGGAAGCGAUGUCCUGAGACCUGAUUAUGUUCCGUCGCAUCGACAUAGUGCGCUAAUACCACCUUCUUAUCGGCCUACGCCAGAUUAUGAAACUGUAAUGAGACAGCUUAACAGAGGAAUGAUACACACAGAUAGGCAGAGUCAUUCUAUGAGAAAUCUUAACAUCAGCAAUUCAUAUGCCUACAGUAGGCCUGAUGCUCUGGUCUAUAGCCAACCUGAAAUCCGAGAACAUGCUCACUUCACCUCCCCCCAAUCUAAUCACUAUCCUUUUAACCUGAGUUACAGUUUUCAUAGCCAGUCUCCCUACCCAUACCCUGCUGAACGGCGUCCAGUUGUUGGAGCAGUUAGUGUCCCUGAGCUAACAAAUGUGCAGCUUCAGGCUCAGGAGUAUCCAGCACCAAACAUCAUGAAGACCCAGGUCUAUCGACCUCCUCCCCCUUACCCAUACCCAAGACCUGCAAACAGUACCCCAGACCUUUCCCGACAUCUUUACAUUAGCAGCAGCAAUCCAGAUCUCAUCACGCGGCGAGUCCACCAUUCUGUUCAGACGUUUCAGGAAGACAGCCUGCCUGUUGCACAUUCCCUUCAGGAAGUGAGUGAGCCCUUAACAUCAGCACGGCAUGCUCAGCUACAGAAAAGGAACAGUAUUGAAAUAGCUGGACUUACCCACAACUUUGAAGGCAUAAGAAUUAAAGAGCGGACCAUGUCAGCUUCUGCUGCAGAUGUGACCCUUCCAAGGGUCAUGUUGGCAGGAUCACAGCCCAGCGUUUUCAUAGAGAGAACAAAGCAAGAAGAAAAUAAGGAGCAAGAAGAAAGUUUGAACUGUGAUCAUAAGAAGUCUCUUUCAGAUGCCACUAUGCUGAUUCACAGCAGCGAGGAAGAGGAAGAAUUUGAAGAAGAAAACAAAGCUAGUACAACUCUGACUCCUCUCACUGAUGAUCAAACCCAGCUUUCGCCUAUUAUGGGUGGUUAUCCUCAUGAAUCCUUACUAAGUUACCCCUACAGUUCUGUUGCUUCACCUCCUGGCCCUUUGCAUAUCCUUGAGCCUAAGUUACAUAUUUCGGAGACGGAAAAGAGGAUAAAAGAUGUGAGCCCAGUACACUUAAUGGCUGAAACCCAGGUGCAGAGAAGAGGUGAAGGAUUGCUGACUCCGUCUAUGUCAGAAUCUGACCUUACGACUUCGGGAAGGUACAGAGUGAGAAAGGAUUCUCUAAAGAAGAGACCCGUCUCUGAUCUUCUGUCAGGGAAGAAGAAUAUAGUGGAAGGUCUUCCCCCUUUAGGAGGUAUGAAAAAGAAUAGAACGGACGCCAAAAAAAUAGGGCCUCUGAAGCUAGCUGCCCUAAAUGGACUAACCUUGUCGCGAAUGCCUUGGCCAGACGAGGGCAAAGAAGAGCCGACCAGAGCAACAAACGAUGAACGGUGUAAAAUUCUAGAACAACGGCUGGAACAGGGAAUGGUGUUUACUGAGUAUGAGCAGAUUCAAAAGAAAAGGCUCAUAGAUGGAGAGUGCUCAAUAGCUCGGCUCCCUGAAAAUGCAGAGAGAAACAGGUUCCAGGAUGUCCUUCCCUAUGAUGAUGCCAGAGUGGAGCUGGUCCCAACCAAAGAAAACAACACUGGCUAUAUCAAUGCAUCCCAUAUCAAGGUCUCUGUCAGUGGCAUUGAGUGGGACUAUAUUGCUACACAGGGCCCUUUGCAGAAUACAUGUCAGGAUUUCUGGCAGAUGGUGUGGGAACAAGGGAUUGCCAUUAUAGCAAUGGUGACAGCAGAAGAGGAGGGUGGGCGAGAAAAGAGCUUCAGGUACUGGCCCCGACUUGGCUCAAGGCACAACACUGUCACCUAUGGGAGAUUUAAGAUUACUACACGAUUCCGGACAGACUCUGGCUGCUAUGCAACUACAGGCUUGAAGAUCAAACACCUUCUCACAGGGCAGGAGAGAACAGUUUGGCAUCUGCAGUACACUGACUGGCCAGAGCAUGGGUGCCCAGAGGAUCCCAAGGGAUUUCUGUCGUACUUGGAGGAGAUACAGUCAGUGCGGCGCCAUACAAACAGCACAGCAGAUCCUAAAAGCUCUAACCCUCCUGUACUGGUGCACUGCAGCGCAGGUGUAGGAAGAACGGGAGUGGUCAUAUUGUCAGAGAUCAUGAUUGCCUGUUUGGAACACAAUGAGAUGCUGGACAUCCCAAGAGUGCUGGACAUGCUGAGGCAGCAGAGGAUGAUGAUGGUGCAGACUCUCUGUCAAUACACUUUCGUCUAUGGAGUUCUUAUUCAGUUCCUUAAAAGUUCUAGGCUUAUAUGA